AUGGUCCUCGGAGUCGUCAUGAUGUCAGCCAUGCUGCCCACCAUGAUUGGCCUGAACGAGGCCACUCAGGGCGCGCGCAACCAGGAGGAAGAUCGUCGGGAUUCGGCGCGCAAGCAGCGCUGCCACUUGCUAGCCACCUGUUCGUUAAACCAAGGUACCUCGGACCAACGCGAACAGGUUCACAAUGCUCGGGUAUAUGUGGGGCAGGAUGGGAAUCUUUAUAUCACCAAAUACCCGACGUCUACCAUGGCCCCCUUGAACGGCGGCUUCUAUACACAUCCUGACUUCCCCCCGAACAAUACCUCGGGUCUGGUAACAGUCAGUGGUGAGCAGACGCCCACACUGCGGUGGGUAUUUCUAGACGCCCACACCCACCAAAUGCGAUGGGGAGGCCGCCCAGACACUCAGGGCCACAUAUGUGGGCCCUUUGACUGGACGCGAGAUAUGCAGUACGUCACGCUCGAGGGGUGGGAAGGGUGGUUAGCUGUACGACUGCCGGAUGUUCAAGCGGACCAGGUGGAGAAUGGCGGCAGUGAGAUUUGGCGGCUGUAUUUCGACCGGCGGGACAAUGGAGCCGACCUGCCACCAGGAGCGGAGGGACUGGAAAUUCGACUUAAACGAGCAAUGGCAGAGUCUUGA